CGCUCGGCUCGCACGGCGCAGUCGCGGUAAAUGAACCGACGGAGCAGGUAAGCGCUGUUAAUUCAGCCCGUCUGCGACGCAACAACAGGUGAAUGAAUGACCGCGACCGACGCUCUGCUCGGCCGCUACAUCCAUUGAUCGCCACUAUAUCAAGGAAAUAAAGAUGCGGCGUGGAUGACUUUAGUCGGAAUUGUCUGGCUUUAAGUUGGGACGCGUCGUGGCCGCUUGUCCGAGUUACUGCAGGAGAUCUUGGUUUUAGUGUGAAUUAAGGGUUUUUAGUGUCAGACAUGUUGUCAGGGGAGGAAAUCUUAUGCAGCACCCAGCAGGUGAUCGCGGGGCUGGAGGCUCUGCGUGGAGAGAACCGCACGCUGCUGGACAGCCUGCAGGAAACCCUCCAGAGCCAGACGUCCAGCGAGAGCGGCAGCCUGGAGCAGGAGAAGACCAACAUCGUUUUACAGUCUCUGGAGAGGAUUGAACUGGGCCUAGGAGAGGCGCAAGUGAUGAUGGCGCUGUCAGCACACCUGGGCUCCUUGGAGGCAGAGAAGCAGAAGUUGCGUGCUCAGGUGCGGAGGUUGUGCCAGGAGAACCAGUGGCUGAGAGACGAGCUGGCUCGGGCACAGCAGCAGCUACAGGAGCGGGAACAGGAAGUGGUUACUUUAGAAGAGCAGAACAGACACCUGCAGUUCAUGAGUAGCAUCCGUAAAUAUGACCAUGAAGAGCCGCCUAUGGAGGAUAAAGAUUCUACUUCAGGGAAGGAGUCCCUCGAUGAUCUCUUUCCUUCUGAUGAAGAGGAGCAGUCACACAUGUCUCAGCCCCACAGUAGUGCCGCCGCUGCCGCCCAGCAGGGAGGAUAUGAGAUCCCUGCCCGCCUCCGGACUCUCCACAACCUGGUGAUCCAGUACGCCUCUCAGGGCCGCUAUGAGGUGGCCGUGCCGCUCUGCAAACAAGCUCUGGAGGACCUAGAGAAAUCCUCGGGCCACAGCCACCCGGAUGUUGCUACCAUGCUCAAUAUCCUGGCUUUAGUGUACAGGGAUCAGAACAAAUACAAGGAAGCAGCCAGUCUCCUGAAUGAUGCAUUGGCUAUCCGUGAGAAGACACUAGGCAUGGACCAUCCAGCAGUAGCAGCUACAUUGAAUAAUCUGGCUGUGUUGUAUGGAAAAAGAGGGAAGUAUAAAGAGGCAGAGCCGCUGUGUAAAAGAGCUCUGGAGAUCAGAGAAAAGGUGCUCGGGACAGAUCACCCUGAUGUAGCCAAGCAGCUGAAUAACUUAGCCCUUCUAUGCCAGAAUCAGGGCAAAUACCAGGAGGUGGAGCAGUACUAUGAACGCGCGCUGCACAUUUACCAGAGCCAGCUGGGUCCAGACGAUGCCAACGUGGCCAAGACCAAGAACAACCUGGCCUCCUGUUAUCUCAAGCAGGGGAAAUACAGGCAAGCUGAGGCUCUUUAUAAAGAGAUUCUGACUCGUGCUCACGAGAAGGAGUUUGGCUCAGUGGAGGGGGACGGGCGGCCAGUUUGGAUACAUACGGAGGAGGGAAGCUCUAGACAGGAUGGUCUGGGAAGUCUGAAACGCAGCGGAUCAUUCACCAAGCUCCGGGAAUCAAUAAGACGAAGCAGCGAGAAACUUGUACGGAAACUGAAAGGAGUUGGAGCGCAGGAAACAGCCCCUCGAGCUGCUGGGAUGAAGAGAGCCAAUUCUCUAAAUGUGCUUAAUGUGGGUCUCAGAGAAAGUCAAGAGGCUGCUAUGAAACCCAACAGGCUGACAGAUGCACGGGGUCUGAGUUCCAGCACACAGAGUUUAGCACGCCGUGCAUCUCUGAGCGGCGACAGCUAACUUUCAGACAUGCCAUAUGACAUCAGGACUGAUGCAGAGGUGUCAGCCUCACAUCUGUACGGUCUAUAAUGACUGCAAAGCUCAUAUCAGAUAAUAAUAUGAGGAAUGGUAUGUGACGAUGAAUGCACACACAUCAAAGCAGUCUGUUAAAGGAGAGCACACUUUGGCUUUACAAACAUUUUUUUUUACACUGUAAAAAUCAGUUCAGUCUACUCGUUUUUUUUAAAAGCCUAUUGCAUUAUAAAAUGUCACAGAAAUGUAUUUAUUGCAUUUCGAAGAUAGGAGCAUUACCACAGCCUUAGGCAGGGUGCGGUUUCUUUUUUUAAUAAAAGUGCGGUCACAUUUUAUUAAAAUCUAGUCAUUUCAAUAGGAAAUGGGAGUUUCGUGGACUUAGCUUUUCCUUGCGUUCAGGUUGGUCAUGGACAUUUGCUGUUGACUGCAUAUGUGACGCAUCCAUUUUACACAAACCAAACCAGGAAAGAUUUUGUUGUGAAAGUCUCUAUUUUGUAAGCAUAAUUCUUUGCUAAUUUAUUGACAAUGGACAUUUUUUGGCUGCUUAAUUUCUCCAAAAUUUUACUAAUGUGACCACACCUUACCACUGUUUACUUACAAUAUUGUAGCAAUACGUGAUAUACAUUCCUUGUCUUCACCCUACCAGGCAAUAGAAUUACAGUACUGGAAAUAAACAAUUUGCACUUAAGAGAUAGUCCACUGAAAAAUAAAAAUGAUGUCAUUAAUUACACCCGUAACGCCUUCAGAACUGUUUACAAGACAUUUCUGAUGAACCCUGCAUAGAUAGCGAUGCAACUGCAACAUCGUUAAAUAUAGUCCAUGUGACAUCAGUUGUUUAACCGUAAUGCUUUGAGAAUUGUUUUUGUGCACAGAAAAAACAACAAAUUAAUUCAACAUUUCUUUGCAGGGUCAGAAAGUACAUGAAAAAUAUUUAAAUUUGCGGUUGAAAGAUGAAUGAAUGUCUUGUUUGGAACAACACGAGGGUGAAUAAUUAAUGACAGAAUUUUCAUUUUUGGGAGAACUUCGAAUGGCUUCUAAAUGCUCUUAACUCAAAAAUUCCUAAAGAAUGGUCAUCCAUGAUGUUACAUUCCUAGAUGAAGGUAAGACACGCUGUUGUUGUACAUACUGACUUGUAUGUUUCUGAGUAAAUAUCAAACAAUUGUGGUACGUAUUGUGCCUAUAAUAUAAGGGACUUUUGAUUUUUCCAGUUUCAAGCACAUGUACUUUAUAUUUAUGUAUGCUGUGCUAUGCUUUAGUUUAAGCACUUCUCAGCACAAUGUGCGGUACAAAGAUAAUAUACAGUAUAUUACUUGAAUCUUGCUAGUGGAUGUAGUUACUGAAAGGUUAGACAUCAAAUGAGCUGUUACGUAAUCUAAACAGCUGUAUAUUGUCGAAUCUCGUUACAUAUUCCAUGAGCUUAGGGAGUAUAUUUAUAUACUGAAUGUUGCUGAUGAACCAAAUAAAAUUGUUCUACCUCUUUUUAAAAAAAAAAAAUCAACAUGUGUAAAAGGUGUUUUCAGAUAACGGACAGCUGAUACAGCCAACUGGUAUGCAACUCUUGGUGACCUCCAGUAGUUUCCCUUUAGUUUAGUGUGCUUGUGUGCCCUCUGCAGCUGGUUUUGAGACCGCAUGUUCUCCACAAACAGUAUAGAACACUAGUUGAAGAUUAGCAUUUAUUAAUGCUUGUUGUAAAAAAAACAUAUUAAAGAAUCAUAAAAAAAGAAUAUAUA